AUCUCUCCCUCUUGAAUAAAGCUUUCAUGAAACCGCUCUUCUGAUUUCAAUCAACUUGUUUAUGUAGCAACAAUAAUAAUAAUAAUCAUAAUAAUUAACUCUUCUUUAUUUCUGUCUAUCACCUUUUCUUUAUUCUUACUUUUUUCAAACAAAUUAAUCAUCUCAGUCUUGUUUUUUCUAUUCUUCCUCUUUCGCCGUUGAAAUAAACCUUCUUCAAGAUCUUCCCCCGUCUCUCUCUCAGUAGAAUUGUCAAAGAUGUCGUACGCGUAUCUCUUCAAAUAUAUAGUCAUCGGAGACACCGGAGUUGGGAAAUCAUGUCUUCUUCUACAGUUCACAGAUAAGCGGUUCCAACCAGUGCAUGACUUAACAAUUGGCGUUGAAUUCGGUGCCAGAAUGAUCACUAUUGAUAACAAGCCAAUAAAGUUGCAAAUAUGGGACACGGCUGGUCAAGAAUCAUUCAGAUCGAUCACAAGGUCUUACUACAGGGGGGCUGCAGGUGCUCUGCUAGUCUAUGAUAUCACCAGGAGAGAAACUUUUAAUCAUUUGGCUAGCUGGCUUGAAGAUGCAAGACAGCAUGCAAAUGCAAACAUGACAAUUAUGCUUAUUGGCAACAAGUGUGAUCUUGCUCACAGAAGGGCAGUGAGCACAGAAGAAGGCGAACAGUUUGCCAAGGAGAAUGGGUUGAUAUUCAUGGAGGCUUCUGCAAAAACUGCACAGAAUGUUGAGGAGGCAUUCAUAAGCACAGCUGCAACUAUCUAUAAGAAGAUUCAGGAAGGGGUCUUUGAUGUGUCGAAUGAGUCAUAUGGAAUAAAAGUCGGAUAUGGAGGAAUACCAGGGCCAUCAGGAGGCAGGGACGGGUCCGCUUCUCAAGCAGGGGGUUGUUGCAGUUAAAAUUUGUGAACCCACUUAUCAAGUCAAACCCCUUCUACUAGUUUUAUAGUGACAGUAUAUCUUCUGGUUGCGUGGACUAGUUGUUCUACUAUAGGGAUCUAGGCAUUGAUUUCUGAAAUAUGGUUAACGUUAAAUAUCUGUACAAUUCCCUUUUUUUUCCUGUUGAUUGAUUACUUGAUUGCUUGUAAAUUUGAGUUUCAUUCAGUCAAAUUGUAUCUACAUGUCAAGGAAACUUACUUCA